AUGUCUGUUCAGGUCGAUAUCCAGCCUACGCUUGCCCAUUUGGCGGGCAUUAUAACUGCUUCCGUGAGCACCUUGGAGCAACUGCCGGCAUCUAAGUCCCUCCAUGAGACACGAUCUGAGGAUGCGCUCGACGCUCGGAGUGUUCUUCUCAACGCCUGCCAGCAGGUGAUUCGCAAGGUGAUGGGGCCGACGGAGGUUUUAAAAAACAUGGCGUUGAUCGUAAGUCCCAGUUUGAUCCAUUCUGCAGAGAACAGAUUGUUCAUCGAGUCUCCCCAGGAAAAGCACAAUUUGGCCUCCUUGAGGAUCAUAAACCACUACCGGAUCUUCGACAUGGUUCCUCAGGACGAUGAUAGGAGCACUCCAGUAACUGAAAUCGCAGCUAAAUGCCAUAUUCCAUCCGACAUCCUUCUGCGCAUCCUCCGCCAGGCAAUGACGUACGGCCUGUUUUGGGAACCUUCGGUUGGCAUGAUAGCGCACACAGAACUGUCAAAAGAGAUGAUCCGUCUCUCGCCGCUGCUCUCGUACCAGCUGGAGGUCUGCUUGCCAUCCUCCUUGAGAUUACCCGAUUGGUUAAAGGCUGCCCAAGCCGGGAAGCCAGAUAGCGAGUAUAAGAGUGCCUUUCAAAUCGCACAUGCAACAACGGACACCUGGUGGUCAUAUGCUGAAAAACGCCCGGACCUGAUUCAGAAAUAUGGUUUGUAUAUGGCGCUCAUCACUAAUGGUGGCCCGCAUGACGUUAGUCAUGUUGUGAGUGGAUUCGCAUGGGGAGAUCUGGAGGAGGAUGCCGUGGUGAUCGAUGUCGGAGGAGCGGACGGCUUCGUCGGUAUUGCUCUUGCCCAGGCAUAUCCCAACCUCACCGUGUUUGUACAAGACAGUAUCAAUCUCAAAGAAGGGGCGGACGCGAAGAUUCCCCCAGCUUUGAAGUCGAGGGUGUUUUUCCAACCACACUCGUUCUUUGAACCGCAAUCUCGCCUCGCCGGGAUGGCUGAUGUCUUGCUGCUCCGGCAUAUUCUCCAUGACUGGGAUGAUAAUGACUGUCUGGUAAUUUUGCGCCAUCUUGCUGCCGUCUUGCAACCCGGAGCUUCCAUCAUCGUGGCAGAGCAGGUGCUGGGCCAACCGGGGACCUAUGACUGGCAGACGGAACGGGUCAUGCGGGCGCUGGAUAUGCAGAUGAUGACGCAGUUUGGAAGCAAAGAGCGAACAUUUGAUGACUGGGAGAAGCUAUUCCAGGCCGCAGAUCCGACAUUGCAAGUGGUAGGGAUGGUUCAGCCUGCGGGAAGUGCGGACACACUGAUGGAGUUGAAGAAAGUUGUUUAA